GAAAUCGAAGCGGAGAAACUUGAGAAAGGCAUACGCAAUUCCAUCUUAGAGAUGAUCAAGAGAAGAGAGAAGAAGGUGAUGGCCGGUGAAGAAGAUGGCUUUGGGGAUGAUUUCCUAGGACAACUUGUGAAGGCUUUGCACGAUACGGACAAGAGCAAAAAAUUCACGGUAGAUAAUCUGGUGGAUGAGUGCAAGACAUUCUACAUCGCCGGACAAGAAACUGCCAACUCUAUGAUGGCAUGGAUGUUAUUCCUCCUAGCGAUUAAUCCAGAAUGGCAAGAGGAAGCAAGAAGGGAGGUUCUCAAUGUUUUUGGGAAUAAAGACCCCAAUUCCGAUGGACUAGGAAAGCUUAAGAAGAUUAGCAUGAUCAUGAACGAAACUCUGCGUUUGUACCCCCUGCAGUCGGCUUGACUCGAAAAGUUGGCAAGAAACUGAGGUUAGGGAAGCUCCUUCUUCAUGCUAAUAGU